AGUAUGGCCGGCGAUAUUAGCUAGCACUCGCUAACGGUAUUCUCUGCAAAAGGGAAGACGGUAACUCAAGAAAAUCAACACCUGGAUUGCUUAAAGGACUGUACCUCAAUAAAUUAUAACGGAUCGAAGAAGGAUUAAUCAAGUUGUACACGUUACAACCUAAGUUUAAUAUUUGUUGUUGGGUGUCUGUUGUCUCAUGAUGGAAGAUAAUGGUGCACAUUUCUUCGAGGGGACCGAGAAGCUGUUGGAGGUGUGGUUCUCUCGGCAGGAUGAGACCAAAGGAACCGGGGACCUCCGUACCAUCCCGAGGUUUGAGUGGGACAAACUUUUGGAGACUGUGCAUUGUUUGAUCAUAAGUGUGACAAAGUCUGACAAGCAGGAAGCUUAUAUACUCAGUGAGAGUAGCAUGUUUGUCUCCAAGAGACGUUUCAUUUUGAAAACAUGCGGAACCACUCUCUUACUGCAAGCACUGGUGCCUCUGCUGGAACUCGCCAGGGAGUACUGCGGUUUCGAUGCCAUCGAGAAUUUCUUCUACUCCCGCAAGAACUUUAUGAAGCCAACCCAACAAGAGUUCCCUCAUCGAAACUUCCAGGAGGAAGUGGACUUUCUCAGCCAGAUUUUCCCAAAUGGUGCAGCCUACUGUAUGGGACGUUUGAACUGUGACUGCUGGUACCUGUUUACCCUGGACUUACCAGAGUACUGGGAGAACAAGCAUGCGGAUCAGACGCUGGAAGUUCUGAUGAGCGACCUCGAUCCAGCCAUUAUGGACCAGUUCUAUAUGAAAGAUGGUGUUUCUGCAAGUGAUGUCACUCGUAUGAGUGGAAUUCGUGACCUGAUACCAGGUUCUGUGAUCGAUGCCACAAUGUUCAACCCAUGUGGAUACUCAAUGAAUGGAAUGAAGACUGACGGAACUUACUGGACCAUCCACAUCACCCCGGAGCCGGAGUUCUCCUACGUCAGCUUCGAAACCAACCUCUCCCAGACGGCGUACGACGAUCUGGUCAGCAAGGUGGUGGAUGUGUUCAAACCGGGAAAGUUCGUGACAACGCUUUUUGUCAAUCAGAGCUCCAAAUGUCGCAGCGUCUUUUCUCCUGCCCAGAAAGUGGACGGCUAUAAGCGCCUCGACCGCCAGCUGGCUCAAUUUAACGAGUACAAUUUCGUCUUCACAAGCUACGCCAAGAGCCGCCAGCAGAACCAGCAGAGUUGAGGGUCGAGGAUGAAGAAGAGGCGUAAAAAGAAAAGUGGCUGCUCGGGGCCACUGCCCUCCUGGGGCCGGCUUCUCCCCCCAGUAGAGAGCUUGUCGUCUUCCUCCUCCUUUCUCCCCCUCUGCCGCCGCUGCCGCCCUUCAGGACCUCCCGGUGCUGACGCGGCGGCGAGCCCCGGCUUAACCUCCAGCUUGAGUUGUUUGCAUUGUUGUUCCCGUGACUUAGAUCUCUUGCAUGAAAGCUCUUCUCCCCGUUUCGAUAUUCUAGCCCACUCUUGCCGUGCUCUUGAGGUGCAUGUAGAGGAAUUGAACACGCUCCUGCAGGUGUCCCCCCUCAUCCCCCACAGACAAGGCUUCCGCCCACACUAGGCCGGGUCUCCUGGCACGCUCAGAUCGGCACGCCCCCCCACCUGCCCCCCAAAAUUCGACAAAACUAACCCGAUUCGCUCAUCUAUUUAUUUAUGAAUCAGGACCAAUGUUUUAGAGUGCACUUUAAAAACCUGUUUGCUCACGGUACGAAAAAAGAACAGAAGGCCGACCUUCUUUCUUCCUUUCUUUUUGUUUAAAAUCUGAUUGAAUGUAUAAGUCGUGGUAAGCUUUUGGCCGUUCUAAUCGUCGUCGCUUUGUCGGGACACGUUCGAGUCCCUUCGAUCGCCAUACUUGCUGUUUAAUGUUGCACUGUUGGAUAAAAGGUUCUCAUUUGGUCGAAUAUCAAAGUGCACUAAUGGCAAAGAAACAAAACAAAAAAGACUUUCCGCUUUGCUGGGCUUUUGUUUUUAAUGUCGACCCCCACCAGCGUUCACUCAUUUUGUGCUCCUACUUAGAAAAAGACAAUCAAUCAUAUAGUCAGUGUGGCCCCCCCCCCCAAAUAGACAGGCUUUUAAAAGCUUGGAAAAUGUAUGUGUAUGAAUCAUUGAAGACAUGCAUACUUUUUCACCCAGGCUUCUUUCUCUUAUCUUUUUUACAGCAUGCUGUAUCUAUAGGAAGCCUGUGGGUCUUAGCCCCCCCCCCCCCUCAUCUUCCCUACAGUCAUAUUCAGCACUCUAGUACUCACAUGAAAUGUUCAAACUGAAUGUAGCACCCCCGUCUUUCGAAUGUAUACAUACCCAGAGAAAAGCCUGGACCGGGUUUGAGCUGAAUGUACCACUCCAGUAGAGCACA